AACGCCCGGGAGUUCCGAGCACAUCUUCACUUGACCAAUUCCCAGCCAAAGAAACUCCCCGAGCCGCCCGCGCUAUCCUCGUUCUUCUUCCCGUCUCUGCCUUUCCCGCGCUAGCCGAGCCAGUUCCAUUCCAUCUCUCUGUCCCGAACACCCUUGAGGUCGAUCACCCAGACGCCAACGAACGUACGCGCGCGCCGGGAUGGCAAGCAUCUUCUGGGGCGGCGCCAAGGCCGACGAGGUCGCCGACUUCGAUGAGUACGACCCUACCCCCUACGGCGGCGGCUACGACAUCGCGCUCACCUUCGGCCGCGCUCUCCCGCCCUCCGACGAAACCUGCUACGCCAUCUCCACAGCCACCACCUCCUCCUCCUCAUAUGAGAGCCACGGCGCGGCUGACCAGCACCGCAGGAGGCCGCAGGAGCAGGAGAGCCACGGGUCUGCAGGGUACGGCAGGAGGCCCCAUGCUCAGGAGGAGGAGACUCACGGCUCUGCUGCUGUCUACGGGCACGGGAGGAGAGCGCACGACGACGAUGACGAUGCAGGUGGGUACCGGAAGCCGAAGCCGGCGUACGGCCACGACGACGACGAGGGUGGGUACCGGAAGCCGAAGCCGGCGUACGACGACGAUGAACGGCCCAGCUACGGCCGCAAGAAGAAUGACGACGACGAUGAGGAUGAGAGGAAGCCACGGUACAAGAAGCACGACGAUGACGAUGAUGACGACGAGAGGAAGCCACGCUACAAGAAGCGCGACGAUGAUGAUGAUGACGAUGACAGGAAGCCGCGCUACAAGAAGCGCGAUGACGACGAUGACGACGAUGACAGGAAGCCGCGCUACAAGAAGCACGAUGAUGAUAACGACGACGAUGACGACGAAAAGAAGCAGCGCUACGGGAAGAACAACCGCCGCCGCAACGAUUACGAUGAUUGAUCAAGCCAUGCGUCCUCUACUGAUGGUCACGGUGUUCCCAGUGCAUUUCACUGGCAGUACGUGAAUAAGCAAGGAUGUGACCGCUUCCCUUCGCUGAAUUUCCGUUUGAUCUUUCCUUUUACUUUCAGGAUUUUCGUUUUGUUAUUUUUUGGUAAGUCUGUGUAUGGACGCAUGGUUGAUUCUCUUGUAAUACUGUACGGCUCAAUUGCUUGAAAAUACGAUCUCCGGCAUGUUCUCCAAGGAAA